AUGAGUAUACAUUCAACAGAUAACUAUCGUACUAGUAAUAGUAAUAGUAAUAGAAAUACUUCGUCGUCGACUCUGUCAACCUCAUCAUCAUCUGAUGAUAACAAGAAUAUAGUUGAAGAGAUUAAAAAGUUAGAUAUCAAUUUAAAUAGACUCAUACAAUCAUGUGAGAAACUAAUAUCAACCGAUUCAAAUAACAAGGAUAUCAUUACUGUAGAAAAGUAUGUUCCUGUAUUAUUUACUAAAUUAAGACAAAUUAAAGAAUUGAUAGAGAAUUAUUCUAUUGGACAAGGUAAAGAUAAUGUAUCAUCUCCUUCAAUAUUUAGACAUGUGACAAAGGGUGGAGGUAGUGGUAAAGGAACACCAACAACAGAGUCUUCACCAUUAAAACUAUCUUCCAUCGCACCUGCCGACAAUGUAAAUAAUAUCAAACCAUAUCAAAUACCAACUAAAGAAGUAUUGAAUGAAUAUACUAGAAAGGUUAAUGUAUUAUUUGGUUUAAUUAAUCAAGGAAAAUUGGAAUCACCAAUAUCAAACAAAUUAUCAAUGAUUAGAUUACAAUCAAGUUAUAUACCACAUGCACAAAAAAUGAAUGAAGUACAUGCAGUACUAAAGACUAAAAACAAAGAGGAAAAGAAAAAGACUGAUAUUCUACUACAAAACGAUCAACCAAACUCUCAUUCAUUACCAUCUUCAUUGGCCACUUCGUCAAUGCUGCCAUCGAUAGCUUCACCAAGUCUGCAUUUUAGAAAUACAUUUAAAAAUAGAAAUGAAGAAUUGAAACAAUUGUUGGGUGAGAAGCAUGGUGGUGGCGGUGAUGGAUUGUUUGAUGAACAAGCAGAAGACGAUGUAGAUUCAUCGUUUAAAGAUGUUACACUUAGACAAAAACAAUUACAAACAGAUUAUACCGAUGAAAUGGUUUCAUCUUCCAAAUACCUCAAAGAGUAUAGUGAAAGAAUGUCAACCAAACUAACUGGUGAUAACCAUAAAAUCGAUGAAUUGUCAUCGAUACUGACAAACAAUCACAGUAAAAUUGGAGAACAAAAUGAUAGACUCAAAACCUAUCUCAAGGAAUCAUCAAGUGAUACAUUGAAUUAUUGUAUCAUUAUCAUUGUAGUCAUUUUAGUUUUCAUGGGAACUUAUAUGUUAAUGAAAAUGAGUCCUAAAACAAAUUAA